AAAUGCGCCCCCGCCAUACAUGUGAUCUCCCGCGCGGGAGGGACAAAAUCCCGAUUUUUUCACCUUGCCUCCCGUCUCCCGACCAAAACCACAAUUCUCCCGCUUUUCAAAAAAAAAAAAAAAAAAAAAAUCAAUAUUAUGACUUGGUUGAUAAUUACCGAGGAGUGCCAAACAUGUUUACACAGUAAAUCAAAGUGUCACCGACUGUUGUGUAUUAUACAUGUUUGACACGUAGCUGGAGGAAAGAGUUAGUUUUUCACAGGUGAAUUUUGAUAACACGAUUAAUUGUUUUGAUAAGGGAUUAGACAAGCAGGACCUUUUCCACCUGUCUCAUGGGGCCGAAUAUCGACCCAUUCUCAAUGCCAAUUAGGCUCCAUUUUUUUACCAAUAUGAAGCAAAAAAACUCCAAGUCACAAGAAAUAAUUCCCAGCUGAAAUGAAUUUUUGAUUAUUCAAAGAAAAUAAAAUCACAUAAAUAAUUGUUGGAAAAACCAACCCAGUACUAUUUUUAGAACAUGAAUGUUAUUUCCCCUUAUGCAGUUACGCCAUUUUCUUCCAAUGUUUACCAAAUUAAUCUGCUAAUAAAUCGGACUUAUUUCAUUGAAAAUUGGAUGAAAACACACACUCAUUUAUAUGAUAACUUCAAUCUACAUUAUUUUGUUACUAUUGUUGAAGACAGUAAGGCUGGACAUCUUCUCAUGAAGCCAAGACCAGAAAGUAUUACCAGCAUGGAAACUGACAGUGUUAAAAAAAGGAAAGGUGGGAGCGGGAUUUUCCUGAAUCAGAUACAAAAUCCAGUGACUGUUGCAGUCUCCAGGCAAUAUAAGGAUUUUGACGAACUUCAAGAUCAGGUUAGGCGCUUAAAGAAGAGGGUUCGGGAACUCGAAAAGUUCCAAGAUUCUGAGAAAUCCAGCAAUAAAGCAUCUAAUCUGCCUGAAGGACCAAUCCUGUCCAGCCAUUCAGAAAGUCCUAGUAGCCCUUCACAGAAACCGUGUGAGGAGUAUAAUGGCUAUACAGAACCACAACUGAAGGAUAUGAUCUGUCACGAGGACAGCCUUUUUGAGUGCUGUAAAAAACUUCUGGCUCUGUUUUCCACUGACUACAUUACUACCCAUAGUGUAACUGGUAGGAGAGCAAACACCAGCACAGAGCCCAAACCCAAAUUUGAUCCAAGAUUGUAUGCUUGCUUAAGCAAAGUGUUAAAAGAAAAGUUUCCUGGCACUAAAGACACAGAAAUAACAUUGAAGGUGCGAGCUGUUCAAAAGAAAUGCAAAAAAGCUAAUCAGUAAAAUGAAGGUUUUACGGAAUAAAUUUUUGAUUGUUUAAUAUUGUU